CCGUGGCGCGCCGUGAAUGCGGUCCAUUUCUUCUCGCGCGCUCCUGGGAGGCGCACGCCUCACAUCGCGACAAGCAGGCCGCCACCACGCUGCCACGUCCCCAUGUCGUCAGAAUCGGACUCCGACGCUUCCGUCUCGGACUGGGAAAUGGAUUGCUGCAGCGCACAAGGUUGUUCCCGCCUGCCCUUCGACCCUACCGAAUUACAAGACGUGAUUCUCUCCAUCAGCGACCGUUUUGACUUCCGCGUGAUCAUGUCGGAGGGCAAAGCGAAGAACGCGCUGAUCAUCACGACGGGCCUCACCAUAGCUGGCACGGUGAUCGGCCGCCGCUACGGCGGGAACAUCGGCGCGGCGCUGGGCGGCGCGAUGGGCGGUGCGUGCGGCCUCGGCAUUGCUGCGGUAUCGAUGCGAGAGGUUUGGGAUGACGUCAAAUCGAAAUUGUCAGAACUAUUCGAGAUCGCAUACGACUACUUGGCAGGCCUAGGGCUGCGCGACUACCAGGCGGCAGCGGCGCUGGUGGCGUGCGGCGGCGGCGACUCCAAGCACCUCGCGUUGCUGCUCGCGGACAUGGCCUCUAAGUUGCUAGACAAGAAAGUCGUCUCCAGCAUUACGCAUGGCUCGCCAUAGUCUCAUAUUAUCCCAGCAGUUGAAGUAUUGCAGGCGACACGUAAUUUGUAUUUAAGACGGCCUGCGUCUAUCGGUUGUAAAGCCCACAUUAACGUUGCGUCGCGCCUGCCAUACUACAGCUAAAAACGUUUUGUAAAAGGACGAAAUGUUUCAAUGGAGUUACACUUAAUUUUUUGUUGUCCUCGAAAUUGUUUGUAGUGUCUUGUGAUGUCUUGUGAAUUGUUUCUUAACUUAUACUUUUAACAUUGAUUUUAAUUGAACCUCGCUAGAAAUGUUUCGUUUUUAAUUUUAGGACAAUUAGAUACAAGACUAAUGCGUGAUUGAACCUUAUAACUUAAUUUUUAAAUAACCGGACUUUGGCAAGCAGGAAAACUUGCCAAUAUUUAUACCUAAGCUAUUGUCAUAUCAAUUAAUUACAAUGUGGAUGAAUAUAAUAAAUAAAUUAAAUUAUUA